CGGUCUCUAUACAAAGUAAAUAAUUAGUCCACCAUGCCUCGCUGAAUAGUUUCUGUUUUAACUACUUUUGACUAUUCCAAUAAAGAGACAAGCGAAACAAAAAGGAAGCUGGCUUCUUGUUUGUCGUAAUUUUAUAUCUGCUACGGAGAAAACCACAUACACAAAUCUGUCUCUCUAUCACCAUCAUGACUGCCGGAACCACCAUCAGAGUGCCGCAUCUGGGCGGAAUUGAUGCCGGUUACCGUUUGUCUAACGGCGCCGUCGACCCCGCCAAGCCUACAGUUGUGCUCAUCAACUCUAUGUGCAUGACCUCUUCUCUAUAUGACCACCAGUUCGACAACAAGGCUCUUACCGAUGCUGCCAACCUACUGGCCAUUGAGCCUCUUGGCCACGGAUCCACCGAGUGCUCUGCAGAGAAUUACACCUACUGGGACACGGCCAUCAUGGCCAUUCAAGUGCUGGAUGCCCUCGGCAUUAAGAAGGCUUUUGCUCUUGGUACCAGCCAGGGAGGUUGGAUUGUUACAAGAAUGGCUCUUGUUGCCCCAGAGAAGAUUCAAGGUCUGUUGAUUCUUGGCACUUCGCUCGACUAUGAGUCUGCCGCCUCCCGAGAAAAGGGAUGCUGGGAUCCCGCAACAAUGCUUGGCCCAGUAGUUGACACCCUUCACAGCAAUGUGCCGACUCCAGAUUUCCUCAUUGACGAGGGUCUGCGCGAAAGCGUAGUGAACAUCGGUUUCUCGGGUGCAAUUUCACCAGAGGCUGUUGAGUUCUGGAAGACUACACUCAACAAGAUUUACUCUGGAGACGGAGGACGCAAGAAGCUGCGUGGAGCUUUUGUCAACCUCUUGGAGCGAGAUGGCUUGUUAAGAAGGGCGCAGGAUGUCAAGUGCCCUGUCUACUGGCUUCAGGGCAACCAAGAUCCGGUGUUCGGUGUUGAAGUACCAAAGGAGCACAUCAAGGCCUUCUCAAGCUCUGUAGAGACCGAGCUGUCUUUUACUGACGGCGGCCACUACCUCAACGCCACCACUCCUAAGGAGGUAGAUGCAAAAUUACUUCAGCUCAUCAACAAGUACUCUGCAUUGUAGAGUUUAAUAAAGUUGAAUAGUCUUUUGAGUUCAAAAUCAUGAUAGCCAAGCAUAGCAAUAUCCAGAGUCUUUAUUGAAUACCUAUAGCGUAAAGACAAUACGAUUAUC